AUGGGCUCUAAUUUGUGUCCUCAUGGUGUCCAGGCAUCUCUGAAGCACUUGAUCACCACCACAGCAGGCCUUGAUGCCAUGUGUGAGUGUAAAUGGUUCCAAGGCUCCCCGGUGGUGAAAUCACAUUGCCAAAAUGACCACCAACCCUAAAUGAAACACUACCCCCUUUUUAAAAGGUCCCAUUCAAAACCCAGUGGUUUUUUUUAAAAGGCCCAUAAGGUAGCAAUUUUCCUCGAAUAUGGUGUGGACCAAUAACUGUUGAAGAAACUGACACCAUGUCAGGGCGAAUGAAAGUUUUUUUUUAAAUGUAUAAAGCGAGGUGUAAGAUAGGAGAAACGGUCGUAAGGAAUGCUGUAAUUGUACGCAAGCGUGCGCAAACUCAUGAGUUGUACAUUCUUGCCAUCACUGUAAUUCUUCACCUCUUUUUGUUUUAUAGUUACAGCCAAAGCAGAAAGGUCUGUGCGCUGACUGAGCGAGUACUUUGUUCAUUCCACAGCAUGCACAAAUCUGUUUUAAGUUCAAGGGAGGAGGAACCCUUUAAUUUAAACCCUAAAAAUGAAGUCAUUCAUUCCCUGCUAAACUGCGCCGUGACCCAUAAGGUUAGGUAAACAAGUGUCCCUUGCAUUACUGUCAAAAAGACCCAGCCCCUUGCUCUGCAGCGAAGUAAACUCCCACUAUCCUGUUACAGUUGCAUGAGGAGAAACAGGAGGGAUGGCAGAAAGGAGAGGAAAGAAAUGGAUUCGUGUGUGUGUGUGUGUGCUUUCUUAGAAUGGCAAAGGGAGGGAAAGUCAGAACCUGAGGCUGUUCUCAGGAAGGUGUCCUACACAGGGAACAACGCCGUCUUCUUCCAGAGCCCAAAAACUCCGGAGUAGAGGACGGGCCACAAUGCGCUGAGCCCAGCAGGCCUGCUCAGAUCUAUUACCAGCUCCAACUCCAGCAUGGGCUGGAAUGUGAGGAAUCCUACUGGGCUGGGGUUCUAGCGCAGGGGUCCAAACCUCACAACCCCGCUCACACUCAUUUUUCUUUGGUUUUUUAGUAUUUUAUUUGGAUAGGUGAUUGUAAUGCAGAAGGCACUGUUGCUGCGUAGAGUAAUGGCUCUAGGAAUAGCAGCAGGCAAAGUUGGAAACGAGUCAAAGUGUAAAGAAGAAACAGUGAUUGUUGAGAAAUGGACAAAACAGAAGUUUUAGAUUAAGUCGAAAAAUCAAACAAAGAGUCCAUUUAUUCAUUAAAAAGAAAGGAUGAAUGAACAGCAGCAGGUUUGGCAUGCAUCAGAAUUAUACCCUGGAUAUCACUAAUGUGACACUAAUUGCUUCUUAGUCUGUCAGAGGACAAGAGAGAGAAGAGACAGAAAGACAGAGGAUGAGGAAAAAAGGGGGAGAGAGAGUACCGGGUGCUGACUGAGGGCUGUAAUGACUGCCAAUGGAAUGCCUACACCCAUAAUCCUCUCUGUCACCGCUGACAGAUCCUCUUGACCUCUGACCUCUUGAUGUAAGGAAGGGAAAAGAGGAAGUCACAACUUAAUAAAAUUACCUGGUGGUUAGCACUUGUUUUAGCGACGUGGUUGUCUUUGGCCGGUGAACUGUUUGAAUAGAUGAAACCUGUUAGCGACUAUCUCCCAGGACUCAAUUUGAGAAGUGACAAGACAGAGUUUAAUCUCCUGCUGGUUUGGAUAUGCCCUUUGAUUGUUGAUCUGCGUAUGUGUGCGCUCCAACGCGCGAGGUCAAAGGGCGAGGAUUUUGUAACAGCAGCGGCGAGUGUGAACAUAAAAACACACAGAGGUGCUAGAUCACGUAUCAUAGCGCUUUCAAGAACUAAAACCUAGAUUUUUCUGAUAGCCGCUUCUACUCCGACAUGGGUACUGCGCUGCUUUCCUGCGGUUUGCCCACCUUAUCACUCACACGUUACACAAGACAGUGUCUGUGUGUGUAUUGGAGGCACACUGCGAUCUAUAUUUCAGCAGGCUGGCCCAGUCUGAAGACACGGGCCAAAGCUGUCAAAAGUUUGUCAUCGAUUCUCUCUGCCUUGUCAUCAGGCUUAUCUGAUUGCACUGUGUUUCUCGCUCCAUGUUCUCCUCCCUCAUGGCUUAUGCAAACACAGAAUCCCUGUGCUCAGAAAACCAGGGGAGGGCCUCUUAAACAUUUAUAUCAAUAUCUCCUGGUGCCAAUGCCAGACACGACUCGCUUUAAUAUGAUAUAAAGCCGUUUAUUGCCACGAGCGGGUCAUUUUAACCGUCGUCGUCAUUUCAAAAUAGCUCCUUAUAGAAACAGGAAUUCGUGCUAUUAAUAUAAUGUCAGCAAGAACGCAGCACAGGAGAGAUAAAUGUGUCAGACUUCAUCCAUCUCUUUGUGAAAUGAUGUAGUAAACCUUUAAAAGUCUUUGGAACUUUUUACAACAGCAACUUUUGGUAACACUUUACUUGACGCCGAUCAUCUAUAUCACCUUUAAUCACGUUAUAGCACUGUAUAACCAUAGUAUUAAUCAUUAAUCAUAACACAUUAUAAAGUAUUGUAUCAUGACUUACAAGGUCAGGUAAUAUAAUGUGUUAUGCUUACUGUUAUAAAGCCUUAUGAUAAUUAAUGAGUGUUUGUAAUGAUAGUUAUUCAAGUUUAUAAACAAAUUAUAACACGUCAUAAAUAUAUGUAUAAUGCAUUAUCUAUGUGAGCAUUGGCAGUGAUUUGUCAAGUUUUAACACAUUAUAAUACCUGACCUUGUAAGUCAUGAUAAAUGCUUUAUAAUGUGUUAUUAUUAUUGCUAUAAAGCAUUAUGAUCAUUUAUGAGUGUUUAUAACUAUAGUUAUAUAGUGCUAUAACAUGAUUAUAACACACUAUACAUAUAUUUAUAAUGCGCUAUAGACAUAAGCGUCAAAUAAAGUGUCACCCAACUUUUUUCUGUGGUCACUUUUUAUAUCACAUUUCCCACACCUACAUUUCCACCCUUUUUCUUAGUGUUUGAAAUUGUAUCUUGUAUCAGUAUCUUGCUGGUUCCUCUAACAUACCACACUCUCACACUCUCUAAGGCAUGUGUAGAUCUUGUAAAGACCCUACAUGAUCUUUACAGUGAGUCAGUUGUGCAUAGUCUGAUGUGUAAGCGAGUCACCUUCAUGUUUCUGUUCCCUCUCUCCUCGUCCUCCUGGGCCUGCUGCUCUGACAAUUCGUUUGACAAACAUGCAAUCACCGUAGUUACAGACAGCCCCUUUAGUUAGGGUAGAGCGCAGUGUGAAUUAUGGUUGAGAUGGAAACCUUUGAAUUAUGGGUAAGCUCUGAAGUGCCUCUUGUCCAGGGAAAGAAGAAGAAGAAGAGCAGGAGGAGGAGGAGGAGGGAUCUUUAAAAGACUUGUGCCACAGAGGAGUGCUGACAGAGACCUGGCUCGGCAAAGCUGCUGCAGAACCAGAACAACAAGAGGCUAACCCCGAACAUGGACCGGCAGAACCGGAGAAACCCAGCCUGGGCAGGGUCAGACGGUGCACCUCACCGCUGAACAGUGAGAAAGGUUGA